AUGAGCAGUUUGGUCAGUAUAGCACAAAUCCUCGCCACACUUCUCCUCUACAUUCCACUGACAGAGGUCUCAGACCUUCUAAGCAUGACCCAUCCCAAAGUGAUAUUGUUUCAUGAUGUGUGGCAACGGAGUGUGUGUCGCCCGCUGGAGAGGAUGGUGGAGGUGGAGAAGGAGUAUCCAGGGAUUGUGGAGCACAUCUUCAGUCCUCGCUGUGUGCCUCUUCAUCGCUGUGCUGGCUGCUGUAAUGAUGAAAAAUUACAGUGUUCCGCGACACUCACUCACAAUGUCACAAUACAGCUGGUGAGAAUAAGUCCAGUAGUGUGGACCCAGAAGUAUGUAGAGCUUUCAUUUAUAGAGCACCGCUCCUGUCAAUGCAGACCCAAACAGAAUCACGGAAAAGAUCAGAGGCAGAGGCUAAGUAGGGGAAGAAAAGGGAAAAAAGGAAAAAAACAGAACAAGAAACAGUAGCAGUAACUGCUUUAUUCUGGUCAGACUUGUGCAGGAUCCAGCACCUAAGCUGGGAACACUGGGGUAAAAAUACACACUGGAUGGG